CCAUCUUCUUCACUGAAUCCACUGAGCAGCGGCUCUUCUGAACUUUCUUCAGCUCUAGAGCGCGCUCUCGCUCUCUCUCUCUGGUCCAUUUGGUGAAGAAAGGUAUGGGAAAGGAAGUGGAUGUAGGCGAGCACGGCGAGUUCUCAGCGAGGGACUACCAGGACCCGCCUCCGGCGCCGUUGAUCGACGCUGAGGAAGUGACCAAGUGGUCUUUCUACAGGGCGAUCAUCGCUGAAUUCAUCGCGUCGGUUCUUUUCCUUUAUAUUGGGGUACAGACCGUGAUUGGGUACAAGAGCCAGUCUGACCCUGCUAAUAGCUCAGAUCCUUGCAGUGGUGUGGGUCUCCUCGGCAUCGCUUGGGCUUUCGGCGGCAUGAUCUUCGUUCUCGUUUACUGUACCGCCGGUAUCUCUGGUGGGCACAUAAACCCAGCAGUGACGUUCGGGCUGUUUCUAGCAAGGAAGGUGUCGCUGAUCCGAGCGGUGAUGUACAUGAUUGCACAGUGCCUUGGUGCCAUCUGCGGUGUGGGGCUAGCGAAAGGAUUCCAGAAGUCCCACUACGAGAAGUACGGGGGUGGAGCUAACGAAGUAGCCUCCGGAUAUUCCAAUGGAGUGGCGUUGGCCGCAGAGAUCAUCGGAACCUUCGUCCUUGUCUACACCGUCUUCUCCGCCACCGAUCCAAAGAGGAGCGCCAGAGACUCCCAUGUCCCUGUGUUGGCGCCACUACCCAUUGGGUUCGCGGUGUUCAUAGUGCAUUUGGCAACCAUCCCAAUAGAUGGAACGAGUAUAAACCCGGCAAGGAGUUUCGGAGCAGCAGUGAUAUACAACAAAGACAAGCCUUGGGAUGACCACUGGAUCUUCUGGGUCGGACCUUUCAUCGGUGCAGCUAUCGCUUCCUUCUACCACCAAUACAUUCUCAGAGCUGCAGCCAUUAAAGCUCUUGGCUCCUUCAGAAGCAACCCCAGAAACUAAACUAAUUAAUAUGCAAAGGGAGGAGUUUUGCAAAAG